AUGCGUCUCCUCCACGCACUGCUGCUGCCUGGUGUCAUCGUCUUUGCGUCAAAAGUAAAGUCAAUCCAAGCUUAUACGCUCCUCCAUGCAGGGAAGGAUGUCCCUGAUGAUGAUUCUUAUCAGUCUGGCACUGCUGCUACUGGUAAUGGUGAAGAAAGAGAUAUGUCAUCAUUGUCGAAGACACUUAAGAACGUUAUAAGGAGAAUGUUUCCAGCAUCAAAGACUACCAGAUCAAUGUGGGAGGCUCAAGGUGCUACGGGGAAAGCCAAGGGACUUGCCAAUAUCGCUGCGAAGAAGGCAAAGGUUGAGCAACAACUGACCAAGAAGCUUGAGUCACUGAUGGCUCAAAGGCAACAUGAUGGGAAACCCCCUGGUGCUUUCUUUGAUAGCCCGGAAUACAACCAGAUGGUUGGAUUCAUUCACAAAGCCAACUUGGGCCUUCCCCCUAAGAACGCCCUUCGUCCGGUCGAGUUCAUUUUUGACAAGCUUGAUCCGAAGGAUCAAAUAUUGAUGAUCGAAGCGACUACCAAAAAUGCAGACAGAGAUGCAGCAAAACUGGGUUUUCAGCUUUUGGGCGCCUACAUGCGCAAGAAUUUUAAACCCCCACAUGCCUAG